AUGGAGGCCAAGUUCUUCCGCUUUCUUAAGAUUGUCGGAGUCGGUUUCAAAGCUAGAGCAGAGGCCGAAGGGCGUCUCCUGUACCUAAAACUUGGUUAUAGCCAUGAGGUGGAAUUGGCAGUGCCUCCUGCAGUUCGUGUAUUCUGCUUCAAAAACAACGUAGUAUGCUGCACUGGGAUUGACAAGGAUAGGGUGCAUCAAUUUGCUGCUGCUGUUCGGAGUUGCAAGCCUCCUGAGGUUUACAAAGGCAAAGGUAUUAUGUACAUCGAUGAGGUCAUAAAGAAAAAGGAGGGGAAGAGAUCAAAAUAA